UACACACACAAUACACACAAACUGCCCCUCUACGUAGACUUCUAGAUUUUUCAAAAGCUCAAGCGCAAAAGCUUUAUUACAUCCAUCUAUUCAAAAUGAACUCGUCGAUUCUACUCAGCGAUCGGAUCGCGCGGAAGCCUGUAAAUAAGCCUAACGUUAAUUUAUUUCGAGAUCGGCGAUUUUUUGAGUCUUCUAACAGUACUAACACGGCGUCGUUUUAUGUACAGAGUUUGUUACAGAAUUACGGUUGUUUUAAAAACAGUGGCGUGGUGGCGCGUUUGUUGUAUAAUAGCGGCGGCGAUUGGGUGGAUUUUGAGGGGAGUGUGGUGGAGAUGGUUAGGGAUUGUUUUGUAAAGAAGAGCGGUGUGGUGGAGGUGGAGAUUGGGGGAGUGUUGUGUUUGUUUGAUUUUUAUAGGAUGUUGGUUUGUGAUUUUGAGGGGGAGUUUGAGGUGUCGGUUGGGUGGAUUGAUGUGGAGGGGAGGAGUUGGUUUCCCAAGUUUGUUGUUGGGGGAGAUUUUGAGUUUUCGGGUUUUCGAGAGAGGGAGGAUGUGAAUUUGGGGGAUUUGGGGAGGUUAGGGAAGUUAGAGAUUGAAAUUAGAGUUAGUGGUGGUGAUGUUGUGAAUAAGGGGGAUGGAAUUAGGGUUAGUGGUGGUGAAUUGGUGAAUAAGGGGGAUGGAAUUAGAGUUGGUGGCGGUGAAUUGUCGAAUAAGGGGAAUGAAAUUAGGGUUGGUAGCGGUGAAUUGGUGAAUAAGGGGAAUGAAGUUAGGGCGAGUGUUGGUGAUUUGUUGAAUAAGGGGAAUGGAAUUAGGGUUAGUGGUGGUAAAUUGUUGAAUAAGGGGGAUGGGAUUAGGGUUAAUGGUGGGGGAUUGUGGAAUAAGAGAAAGAGAGAGGGGGGAGAUGUGGUGGAAGAAGAGGUGAAGAGUGUGGGGAGUUGUACAGAUGAGGAUGGGAUAAAGAGGAGGAGGGAGGGGGUUUGUGAGGAAAUGGAGUCGAGGAGGUGGAAUAGGGUUAAAGUUAUGGGAGAGGGAGGGAAGGCGGGUAUGGUUGUGAGGAAUUUGUUUUUGAAUUGGGGUGGGAUUAAGGGGAUUGGAGCCGAGAUUACUGGGGUUCAUCAGGUUACCAGGACUGCACCGUUGGAUAGAGCGCGGUAUGAGGGGUUUCUGAAUCAGGUGGAGAUGACGAAGGCUGCUAGAGGUGAGGCCAAUGUGACAUUUGCUUGGAUUAAGUGUUCGAGUGAGGGUGUGCAGAGGAUUUUGAGUUACGGGUUUAGCAGUCCCGAGAAGGCUUCUCUAGGAGAAGCUUUUGGGGUUGGUAUAUACUUGUCCCCGAUUAAAUCAUCCCGGGUUAGUGUAAUGCCGCCUGACAUAGGCGAAAAUCAUGUAAUAUUGUGCCGGCUUAUAUUGGGCAAGUGUGAGAAGGUUCAAGCAGGUUCCCAGCAGUUAUAUCCAUCAAGUCCGGAAUUUGAUACAGGUGUUGAUGAUGUUAGUAACCCUAAAUGGUAUAUAGUGUGGGGUGCUAAUAUGAACACUCACAUUCUUCCGGAGUGCAUUGUGAGCUACAAGCAUAACAUUGAUGUUUUAGGCCAAUUGUCCACAACACCCCGGGUGGGCCAAUCAUCUGCAAAACUGAACUUGAUGUGGCUGCCGAAAGUGUCUAAUGCAAUGACUGCAAAAUUCUUUGCGAAUCUGAUACGUUCACUUCCUUCCUCCAAAGUACCAGAGUUGCAAGCAUUGUGCUGUACUUACAAGGCGGGAAAAGUGCCAAAAGGCAUCUUCAUGAAAAAACUGCGAUCAGUUGUAGGGGAUCAAAUGUUGCGCACUGCAAUCCAGGAGGUCCGGGGGUGAUCAUGAAGUUGUGGAAACUAUCACUUGGUGUUGGGAUUUGGAAGGAUUUAAAACUAGUAUGUCUUUAAAUUGACACAUAAACGCAGCCUACAAAAAUGCUGAAGGAGAAAAUAUCACAUAUGUUACUAGAAAUUAGGGAACAGAUUUAUUUAUGUAGUUUCGAUGACCAAGUGGAUAUUUAUUAUUUUAAUGUAAGGCUAGUUAAUGGUUUA